ACAGACUAGUCAAAACAAGUUGGGUAGCCAUGUUUUGCUCCCACAACAGAGCUCAAUGGCAGACUCGGAUGAUACGUUUCAACUGAAGGGAUUGUCAAUGGGGUACAUCUUUCAAAUAGAGUUACGUUCUUCGUACGGCGGAAGCUGUAGGACCCAAACAACUUUUGGAUAGAUUUUUGUAAACUACGCAGCUGUGCUACCUGGGCAAUUUCUAUUUGUGUUGGGUUGUAGUGUGGAGCCUAUCAGUUUGUGUGUGUGUGUACAGAACCAAGUGUGUACACAGGGAGUGGACUCUUGCUUAAUCUACAGUUUUGUAGAACUGACUGUUCCUAUUGAAAUCGAUAGAGUGUGAAGUUGUUGAACUGGGAGAGGGGUCGGGUCUCUCUCUAUCCAGCUAACAGCCUCACAGUACAGGCUACUAUCAAGUGGCUCUUGGACGAGGCUUGGGCCGUAUACCGGGAUAUUUGGAAAAAGCCUCGGGAAGCUUUUUCAAUAACUUUAAACCGAACCCCAUAGCACAGGAUGAAGGACCGGACAGACGCCCCGCGUGAUAGGGGCUGGUUGGUGGGGAUCACCUUCUUCAUUCUGGGCCUCGGGACGCUGCUACCAUGGAAUUUCUUCAUGACCGCCUCCAUGUAUUUCAAUAGACGCCUCAACAAGACAGAAUGGAGCAACGGCACGGUGGUGGUCCAGAAAGAGUACUACUUCAACAACUGGAUGACUCUGCUGUCCCAGCUCCCCCUGCUGCUCUGCACUCUGCUCAACUCCUUCUUCUAUCAGCGGAUAUCAGAGAUGGUGCGGAUAGCGGGCAGCCUGGUCUUCAUCCUCGUCCUCUUCAUCCUCACUGCCAUCCUGGUCAAGGUCACUAUGGAGGAGGACUGCUUCUUCUCUGUUACCAUGGCGACCAUCUGGUUCAUCAACUCGUUUGGAGCGGUGUUACAGGGCAGUCUGUUUGGCCUGGUGGGCUUGCUGCCUCAGAGGUACAGCGCUGUGUUUAUGAGUGGCCAGGGGCUGGCCGGCACCUUCGCUGCUCUCGCCAUGCUGGUCUCCAUAGCCAGUGACACAGACCUUGAGACGGCUGCGUUGGGUUACUUCAUCACUCCUUGUGUAGGAACCCUGCUCACUCUCCUCAGCUACCUCCUCCUGCCUCGCCUGAAGUUUGCCCGGUUCUACUUGGACAAGAGCAGGAGCUAUGAGGUGGAGACCACAGACGAGCUGCUGAAAGCAGAGAGGGACACGGAGCAGAACGGCAAGCUGAAGGGCAAGGCCAACGGCUCAUUGGCCAAUGGUGAUGCCAGCGGCGAGGAGGUGGAGGUAGAGGAGGGCAGUCCCAAGCAUAACUUCCUUCCCCUGGAGCAGGCUGAGGACAGGGACCGGAAGUCCACCGUCAUGGAGGUGUUUAAAAAGAUAUGGGUGAUGGCGUUCUGUGUGGUUUUUGUCUUCACCGUCACUCUCGCUGUGUUUCCUGCCAUCACUGUGGACGUCAAAACCAUAUACCCUGGGAAAUGGGAGUCCUAUUUCAUCUCUGUGUGUUGCUUCCUCAUCUUCAACGUGUGUGACUGGAUCGGUAGAACCGUCACCACCCUGUUCCAAUGGCCUCCCAAGGAGAGUCGUCUGUUCCCGGUGCUGGUGGUCUCCAGGGUGGUGUUUGUUCCCCUGCUGAUGCUCUGCAACGUCCAGAGCCGCUCCUACCUCCCCGUCUUCUUCUCCCACGACGCUGCCUUCGCCUUCAUCAUGAUACUCUUCUCCCUCUCCAGCGGCUACUGCGUCUGCCUGUCCAUGUCCUACGCCCCACAGCUGGUGGCGUCCAAAGAUGCAGAGACAGCUGGGGCCCUGAUGACUUUCUUCCUGGGCCUGGGCCUCUCCAUCGGGGCUGGCUUUUCUUUCCUGCUGCGUCUACUGGUCUAGACAGGCACACCAGAGGGACCACCACCAUCCGUCGCCAGUCCCUGUUUCGAACGACGGUCGCCUCCAUGGCCAUUCAUAAAUUUAGCGACCACUGCCACCAAAUGCCAUAUUUUUUUUAAUACCUAGAAGGACCUAGGCUGGGAAUAGAGAGCUGCCUGCAUAUAAAGCCUGCAUCAAAAAAAUGAAUUUAGUACUGACCACAAUAGAUAUUAUACAAGGGAUUUGAGUAUUACCUCUCCAUCUGCCACAUACAUAUACUAUACUCACUGAAAUAACUGAGAGAAUGGCCUUAGGAGCUGGCUUUAAGGGAAUAAUGCGACAUGAAUGCUAGCUACCUACUUAACAAGUGGUUUACAGUGAUAAGAAUGCAUCACUGGUUGCCUCUCGGAAUAAUGGACACAAUCAGUGCCAGACCGCUCUAAACUUGGGUUGUUUUCGUUAUUUUUGAGUUGGACCAUUUUAAGGAUUUCUUUUGUGUUUUUGUAUAAAGUUAUUUGUUUUCUUAGCUUUAGAGCUUUUUAUGUAAGGCGUUAACUUGAGGCCAAGUACUGUAGCUGUGUGAGUGUUUGGAGAGCUAAUGUAUUGUUACAUUAAGUAGUUCCAUUAUAUUAUAAUCCUGCCUAGAAACGGCAGAGCAAAUCAUACGGCUACCGGCUCUGAAGUUGAUUUACUUAUUCUUUUCAACUAAGCAUUUUAUUUGAUUUAAAACGUAUAUUUCGGUUUUAUUUACACAUCAGAACAAAGUUACCACGUUACACAGAAAACAUGGACAUUAGUCUGUCGACAUCAGCACAUUCCUAACCUUUUAGCCCGUUGGAGUGGAGAGGAGCACCUAUGGCGUGUUCAGCAGAGUGAAACAGAUGUCAUGUACAGAUAAAAAAAACUAUUCACCAUUCCACUCACUUCCUGUUUACGUGAGGAUAAUGGCCCAGUAGGACUGUUUUUUUUUUAGAAACAAAAUAUGUUUGAUAGGACCACUCCAGCCCGUUAGUCAAGCAGCUUCUGUUUUGAUUUAUUUUUACGAGGGCAGGCGGGUUAUGGGAGCCUAACCAUAUUCCUAACCCAUUCCUGUCCUCUUGUUCUAAGGGUAGCGUUGAGUCUGACCUUAACACCAUUCCGCUUGGCCAACCUACCUAGUCACUUUGUUUAAAUAGAAGUUUUGCCUUAGAUGUGGUGUACAAAGGCGUGCUGUUCCAACUUUUCAAAAAGGAAAGACCCAGGCUUCAUGCUUUGUCGUAAGCAGGGUGUGUUUUGGCCCUAUGUAAUUAAAUGUUUAACUUCUGACAAUGACCAUGAAAAAAAGUGGCAGCUAUUCUGUAGUGUUGAUGAGGUGAAUUGGUUGGAUUUAAAGUAACGGUUUUGUUUCGCUGUUGGUCAUUUACUAGAAUAAACUAUAGUGUUUGAAGUAGGAUCACAAACUAGAAUGGCUGCUAGCUGUCUUUGUUUGAGGCGUUGGCUCUGGGCAAGGUGUCUGUAUCUGCCAAUCUGUGAGCUUCAUACUUCAUAGAGUGUCACACAGACAGUGGGAGUACUAGCUAAACUGCAUUACAGUAGGCCAUUAUAGGGCCUUACAUUUGAAGACAUUACCAUAACACUAAAUCACAAUUCGAGACACAAUUCUCUGGCGAUUUUCAUUUCUUGAAUGUGUCAUGGCCACGAUGACUGACUUGGAGUCAGAUUUUACAUUUUUAAACUGCCAGUAUAAAGAGUGCCAUGAACACAAAUGACAACAAAUCACUUUAUUUUCUAAAACUGGGCUUUCAAGCUAUAGAUUUUUAGGACUAUAAAUGUAUUUAUUUUUGCCCAUUCCAAUUUUCUUCUAGAAAUGAACGCAAUCAUUAGAAACUUACAAACUAUUGCAUGAAACAUUUUUUGUGUGUUUGCUCUUUUUUGGUUUCUAGACUUUCUCCAUUACUCUUAUUUUAUUCUCCAUAGUUUUAUUGUUUAAUGCUCUGGAACGUGUGACUUCUUCUAAGUGUUUUUUUUUUUUUUAACCUUCCACUUUGGGCUGUGUCAAGGUGUAGUUUAUACAUGCGUAGUCUAUGAGCAGAAUUACUGUUUUACCUCAAUUUGCAACAAAAUCCGUAGUUUGAAUGCCACCUUUUCUAGAAGCUGUUUCAUUUUCCCUACAUUUUCCCCCGCGUUGGGCCACCCUAGCAAUUCGAGUUAGAGCCAAUGAGCUUCAGCUCGCCAUUCGAGUGACAGCUAGCAAGAUGCACACACAGCAGAGGGAGAGCCAUGACGUGGUACGCAAUUUUCGGGAACUGCUUUUGGCUCAUGAGCGCUACUUUCACAACUACUAGCUAAAAGGUAGACAAAAGUACCGGAGAAUCUCUUCAUUCUGAUUUGAUUAAGGUGUAUGAGUGAGUUUUCGGAAUGGAGUGAACUAAGUCAUAAAUUAGGUACCUGUGCAUAAAGUGUUGUUGAGUAAAACAGCCGUUUGGUUUCAAAAGGGCUGGACGAAGGGCUGAUGUAGACAAUGGCCCUGUUUGAAUACACCCCAAUUCUCCGCACAUCUCCCAAAGUGUGCACUUUCUUGCAUUGGCGUUAACAGUAGUGGAAAGUGGAAAAUCCCUCCAACCAAUGUUUUUAAAUCCAUGGCGAGGAGUGUGUAAGUGUACACUUCAGGAAAAUGGUGGAGAAUCUAAACCAUUUACUAUGACUUAUUUCUGGCAGGAGUCAGGACUCGGGGUCAUGACCUUGUCUGAAUUAUUUAACAUGGGAUUGUCGACAUACUGUGGAUCACCGUUGACAGCUUAGAGUUGCGUAAUAACACAUUACUUGAGUAGGAAAGACUGAAAUAUAGCAAAGGCCAAGAGUCCGACAUACUUUUGAAUAACCUCUUCUUUAGGAAGCGAGACCAGAUCGAGGGAAUAGUGAUUCAAUUAUUAGUUGUAGAUAGUUAAAAUAAUACCUGUUGUAAAAGUACUUUAGGCACUAAGCCGUAACGUGGUUUUUGAGACCCCGGUUAUGAGAAGAGAGUCUUCUCAGGAAUAUAAAUGCCAUUGUUACAUACAUGUUACUGUACAGUGUUUUAAUACAAUUUCAGCUUUUGUUUUAUGGCGCCACAAUCAUGCCAAUCAGUUUGUUAGGCUGUGGCUGUGAGCAGGGAUUUGAUCUGUCAGGAUCGUACUGUAUGAUUGGGCAACAAACAUUUAACGUGCGCUACCACAGCGAAGGGAAUCGUGGCUCUGUGUGUAUAUGCAUGCAUUGGCGUAGUUAUUCUGUGUUGAGGAAUUUGACUUGCUGUUGGGAUAGUUUCUGAUGACAUUAAAUGGAUUGUUUUUAGAUUUUGGUUCAUGUCUUUGUUCAGUACUUGAGUGGACAUCGAAACAAACAAGGAUUAAUGGAGUAGGUGUUCUAUUUGCUUCUGCAUGGAAGGCACUAUCAAUAAAAAUAUUUAAAACACA